AUGGGGUCGUUGUUUCGCAGCGAAGAGAUGACUCUGUGUCAGCUCUUCCUUCAGAGUGAAGCGGCAUAUGCUUGUGUUUCAGAGCUUGGAGAACUUGGCUUAGUCCAAUUUCGAGAUCUUAAUCCGGAUGUGAAUGCCUUCCAACGGAAGUUUGUGAACGAAGUUCGUCGCUGCGAUGAAAUGGAAAGGAAGUUACGUUACUUGGAGAAAGAAAUCAAGAAAGAUGGCAUUCCUAUGUUGGAUACGGGGGAGAGUCCUGAAGCUCCCCAGCCGCGGGAGAUGAUUGAUCUUGAAGCAACUUUCGAGAAACUGGAGAAUGAGUUGCGUGAAGUGAACCAGAACGCGGAAGCAUUGAAGAGGAAUUUCCUCGAAUUGACAGAAUUGAAGCAUAUUUUACGCAAAACUCAAGUGUUCUUUGAUGAGCAAGAAGGUGGUCUGAGCACUACCACAGAAUCGAUGACUCGGGCUUUAAUUACGGAUGAAUCUCGAACUGGCCACUCAAUGGGACCUGUUCAACUUGGUUUUCUGGAAAAACCUCAAGAGCCUGAAGAGUAUCUGCCAUGCUUUGUUGCCGGAGUUAUUUUACGUGAAAGAUUGCCAGCAUUUGAGCGAAUGUUAUGGCGUGCUUGCCGAGGAAAUGUAUUUCUACGUCAGGCAAUGAUUGAAUCGCCACUGGAGGAUCCAUCGAAUGGCGAUCAAGUCUUCAAGUCAGUAUUCAUCAUAUUCUUCCAAGGUGACCAAUUAAAAACCCGAGUGAAGAAGAUCUGCGAAGGUUUCCGGGCUACUUUGUAUCCAUGCCCCGAGGCACCUGCAGAUCGCCGUGAGAUGGCCAUGGGUGUAAUGACCCGGAUCGAAGAUUUAAAUACAGUCCUAGGACAAACUCAGGACCAUCGACAUCGUGUCCUCGUUGCUGCAGCAAAGAAUUUGAAGAAUUGGUUCGUUAAAGUGCGAAAGAUUAAGGCCAUCUAUCACACUUUGAACCUGUUCAAUUUAGAUGUUACGCAAAAGUGUUUGAUUGCUGAAUGUUGGGUUCCAGUUUUGGAUACUGAAACCAUCCAACUGGCCUUAAGGAGAGGAACUGAACGUUCCGGAUCUUCGGUACCGCCAAUUCUGAAUCGGAUGCAAACUUUUGAAAAUCCACCAACAUACAACCGGACCAACAAGUUUACGAAAGCUUUUCAAGCAUUGAUUGACGCCUAUGGAGUCGCUAACUACCGUGAAAUGAACCCUUCACCUUAUACAAUUAUAACAUUCCCCUUCCUUUUCGCUGUCAUGUUCGGCGAUUUGGGGCACGGCUCGAUAAUGAUGUUGUUCGGCUUAUGGAUGAUCUUAAAGGAAAAACCAUUGGCAGCAAAGAAAAGCGAUAACGAGAUUUGGAAUAUCUUCUUCGGCGGUCGGUAUAUUAUUUUCCUGAUGGGCGCGUUUUCAAUGUAUACAGGUUUGAUUUACAACGACAUCUUUUCAAAGUCGUUGAAUAUUUUCGGUUCGCAAUGGCGAAUCGUGUACAAUACGUCAACGGUCAUGGAUAAUAAAGUCUUACAACUGGAUCCCGGAAGCGACGCGUACUUGCAAUAUCCAUAUCCAUUCGGCAUGGAUCCAAUUUGGCAAGUCGCAAGUGCCAACAAGAUCAUAUUCCAGAACGCCUACAAAAUGAAGAUUUCCAUUAUUUUCGGUGUUGUCCACAUGAUAUUCGGUGUAUCGUUGAGCUUGCUCAAUCAUCGCUACUUCAGAAAUCGUGUCUCCAUCCUUUUCGAGUUCAUUCCGCAAAUGAUCUUCUUGAUCUUCCUUUUCUUCUACAUGGUUUUGUUGAUGUUCAUCAAGUGGUUCAAGUAUUCUGCCAGCAACGUAGCUCCAAACUCUUCCGCAUGUGCCCCAUCGAUCUUGAUUACUUUCAUUAACAUGGUCUUGUUCAAAGCACCGAACGAGCCGACGAAAAACUGUGAAGCAUACAUGUAUGCUGGGGAGGGAUUCUUCGAAAAGCUUUUGGUAAUCAUCGCUGUUCUCUGCAUUCCGUGGAUGUUGCUUGGCAAACCGAUUCAUAUUAUGAGGGAAAGGAAACAUCAGAAUCUCAAACCCAUUGAACCAGUAGAAAACGGAGACGCUGAAGUCGGACUAAAUGCUCAAGAACAUGGAGGCGAAGCCGCUGCUGCCCAUGGCCACGACAAUGAAGAACUGUCUGAAGUCUUUAUCCACCAAGCCAUUCAUACUAUUGAAUACGUAUUGGGCUCUGUAUCACACACGGCCUCGUAUCUUCGUUUAUGGGCCUUGUCUCUGGCUCACGCCCAAUUGGCUGAAGUAUUAUGGAACAUGGUCCUGGCAAUUCCUCUCAAAAAGUCUGGCUUUUCCCCAGCAAUACUAUUGUACUUGGUAUUUGGCGCAUGGGCUGCCCUCACCAUUGGCAUCCUCGUCUUGAUGGAAGGUCUUUCGGCCUUCUUGCAUACUCUACGUCUUCACUGGGUGGAGUUCCAGAGUAAGUUCUACGUUGGUGCCGGCUAUGCGUUCCAACCGUUCUCCUUCGAGGCUAUUUUAGAAGCGGGAGGACAAGCUGCCACUGAAGAGUGAGCAGCUUUAUGAAUACAUAACAUUCAUUACAAAAAAAUACAACAAUAUCUAUGACAACAUAGUUUAAUACUGUACUUGCCUCUACAUGUAGCGUGUUGAAAUGAAUAUCGAAUUUAAAUAUAUCUGAGUAAUUUUAUGGAUAAUCGGUUCACGGCCUUAUUCCGUGGACACUUAUAUAACAAAUUUGAGAUCAAUUCAAAUAAUUGGUAUUGCUUUUUAUGUCUAGAUGAGAAGAUUAACGAUAAUAGUGUAAUUAAUGCGGCUUUGCGGCGCUAAUGCUUACAUGUAGUAGCAAAAUAUAUUAAUAGUGUAAAUCAAUGGAAAACGGCCAUCCCGUUUAAUUGUUGUUCUUCUAUUUGUCAGUUCCAUUGAAAAGUGUACACAAUAAAACCUAGUUGCAGCAAAAA